AUGGAAGACGAUAGGAGGGCACCAUCCCCAGAUCCUAACUACCACUCAGAUUCCCCGGAUACGCCAUGCUUUGUGGCAGGCAACACAGAUCUAGCUGGAGUAUACCAGCUGAUGAUGCAGUUACUCCAGCAGCAGCAGCAGAUGCAGUUGGCCACCAUACAACCAGCCAACUCCUAUUAUGAAAAUUUAAGACGAUUGAACCCACCAGUAUUUGACGAAGGAUCGGACCCGAUAGCAGCUGAGACGUGGGUUCGGAAAAUGGAGAAGAUGUUCCAAGCGCUCCAGUUUUUUGAAGAAACAAAGGUCCGAUUAGCCAUUCCCCAGCUGAAAGGAAGUGCUGAAUUUUGGUGGACAACCAUGGAACCAGCAUAUCCCACCAGUAGGAUAACUUGGAUGGACUUUACGAGGUUGUUCUACACCCAGUAUUUUUCGGACUUAGUUAACCAGAUGAAACAAGAUGAAUUUUUGGCACUGACACAGCCCGAUCAGAUGUCCAUCUUAGAGUAUGCCAACAAAUUCAACGAGCUUGGUCGAUUCUGCCCCCAGUUCAUGGACAAUGAAAGAAGUAAGGGAAGCUGA